CCCAGUUGGAGCAGCUUCCAUCAUAGCAUCAACGCCAAUCCCAUUUCUCUUCCCAACUUUUCAUAACCGUAAUCUCGACCUUGUCGCGUCCACCCGACCAACCCAAGAAAACCGACGAAUACAAAAUUCCAUUAGCACCUAAGCCGAAUCGCGAAUCCAACUUUCGAGCCGUCCCAUCGACAACAACAAGAACAACAAGCCUGUGAAUACACACAAGGCGCCACGCACUUGACUAAGAACCAACCCUUCGAACCGAAACCGACAACAUGUCUUUUGUCCCAGUCAACCCCCGUCCCUUCCUCCAAGAUCUCGUCAACAGCUUUGUGACGAUUCGCUUGAAGUGGGGAGAGACGGAGUAUGUUGGCCGUCUUGUUAGCAUCGACAGCUACAUGAACAUCCAGCUCAGCGACACAAAGGAGUACAUCAACCGCAAGUUUACGGGCGCCUUGGGGCAGGUUCUGAUCAGGUGUAACAACGUUCUCUACAUCAAGAAGGCCGACGAGGCGGAAACAAGUGGCGACGUCAAGAUGGAAGAGUGAAGUUCUCUCGCCACCAGGAGAAAAUGAAAGGGUAGUAGAGCCUAGCGGGCAGGGUGAAGGGCGCGAAUUGCAGAACAGACAGGAGGAAUGUGUGAGGAGGGUCGUGAUGUUCCGAUUAUAAUACCCUGGGAGGAAAAAAGAAGAAGAGAUGGAUCUACUUUACCGGCGACCAAACCGAGCCGAACCGAAGCACAAA